AUGACUACGGCCUCAGCGCCUGCAACAUCCAUUGAACCUGGCGAUCCAUUUAUUCGACACACAAAGAAUAAGAUCGCCUCGUUAUCAAAUAAAAACAAAGAGAUGCUCGACGAUUUGAGUAAACUAUCGCAAAAUACAUCACAAGCAUUAACCGCUAUAAAUAUGAUACCACCACAUCUAAAUAAUUCCGAGAAAGAUAUUGAUAAGUUAAUCAAUGGAUUAAAAUUCAAAUCACGAAGAAAUAGUUUCCAGCAAUCAUCAUCUAUUCCACGAAUUGAUUUAUCGUCGAGUAAUAAUUCACUUACGAUUCGAUACAAAGAAUCAAAAUCGGACUUUAAUUACAAUGCGGGUGAAUUAGAUUGGAAAUAUCUAUCAGCAGAAACUAAUGCUUUAGAUUCGGAGAAUGCUAAUAACGAGAAUUUGAAUAAUGAUGACGAUAAUAAUGAUGUCGAAAAAGAAAGAGAUUCAGUUGGCCGAUGGCGCAAUAGUAAAGUUCAUCCCCAUUUAACAAUAAGUACAAAACCAAUCCAAGAAGCAAGUCGGCGAUUAAUUACCCCCGAAUCAUCUGAUUCAGAGUUUGACCUAUCAAGUGUACACAUUGCAUUAUCGCCUUCAAUAUUUAAUAAUAAAAAUUCUGGACGUAUUCGACCGAGGUCAUUGUCUGAAUCUGGAACUAAAAUAGGCAACACUCGACGAGAUCGUUCAUCAACUGUGGCAUUUUCUUCACUUGAUGAGGUUAACGAAGAAGACACCUCUGCAUUAUUACCAGAAUUCGUGGAAUCAUCUUCGAAGAAUCUUAAUCGGUUUAAUGAGAAUGAAAAACGCUCGUUGAUCAAGCCUUUAGGAUUAUCAAAUGGCAGAAAUCGGAGUUCUAUGCAAAAAUUUCUGGAGGAUUAUAGUUUAGCAGGUGAAACUUUUAAAUCAACUAAACUUCAUCGUCGAGCAAUCGAUGAUUCAUUAUGUCUACCUGGUGACACUGCUGAUGAUAAUAGUAGUAUUCGUUCUGAUAAUUCUUUACUUGAAGAAUUGAGCGCCUUAAAGAAUAGAGUAAAAAGAUUAGAAGCAGAGCAUGCAGAACGCGCAAAUAUUAUUAUGGAUAAUGGUGAUCGACGUAGAGAUCGGCAAUCAAAUACAGAAUCGCUAGCAUCACCUAGUGUGAAUUCACAAGGUUCUAUUAGUCCGACAACUACUAAUUCAUCAAGAAAUUCUUUCAUUCCUUCGGCACAACAUCAAAAACAUCUUCAAAAUGCUUUUGAUUUUUUUGAAAAAUCUUUUAGCACAACAACAAAUCAACAGAAUAACGGUGAUCUAUCACCGCCACCUUCUCAUUCAAUGGCAAUGGUUGUAUCAGCUGCACAGCAGCUGAAUCAGAAGUUGCGUGGCCUUUCAUUGCAAAAUGAAAUGAAUAAUGGACAAUCUACAGAAAGAACAAUAAAAGAUUUAUUAAAAACCAGUGAUGAACAAAUUCGUAGUUUAACAGAAUGCUUAUUAGCAUUGCCGACAUUAAUACCAAAGCCAUCACCACUUCCACACCCACCUUCAUCAACAAUACAAACGAGAAAGCCUGUAUAUGAACAUAAUCAGUACAGUUCACGAUAUAAGCAAAAUUUGAGUGAUACUGCACUCCAUCAAACAAAUAAUAAUGUGCGAAAUGGAAGAUCAAUUUCCCCUAACAACAACCAAAUACCUGGACAGUUAUCGAUGCAAGAUUCAAACAUAAAUACAGAACAUUCAAUACAAGGAAUUUUGCCAAUACCAACAAAUGAACAAUCAUCGCCACCACUUUCUUAUUAUUCACGUCAAAAUAAUAAAAAUUCACAGCCACCAUCACCAAAAUUAGGACCAGAAUAUGUAAAUGAUUCUUCACAGAUAUCGGCUAUCUCGCGAACACAAGAUUACCGAGAAAGACGACGACGUUUUUCUGGUGGAUCUCAUGGUUCACAUGGAUCUUUUUCUGGUACACUUCCCUCAUCUUCACCUUCGCCACCGCCACAAGCAAAUCCAUCACCUUCUCAUCAAAAUGAUCAACAACCUCAAACAUCUUCAAAUUCAAAAUCCUUUAUUGAUAGAGAACGAAGAUUCACUCAUCGUUACAAUCUUUCCUCAUCAAGCACUGCGAGCAAUGGCUAUAACAAUCAGAGUAGCAGCAAUAGCGUCGUUUCUUCUCCAACCACCACCACUAUUCCAACUAGGAUAGGGACAAGAAUUUCUUCUACAAUAACUCGUAAUAAUGAAGAUUCGUCCUCUCAUCCGCUUCCACGUGUAUAUACAACGCGUAUUUUCUCCGAAGAUUCUAAUAACAAUUCUAGUGGAAUAUCCGGGAGAACACAGACACAAAUACGAAGUUAUGAUUAUACUCGUCGAUACCAAUUUGAUGGAGCUCAUGAACGCAAGCGCGUUUCAAGUAGCAUCUCAAAUAGUAUCGCUUCGCAUAUAAAGCGGAGGGACAUUGCAUCAGAAAAUGAAGCAAAAUUUGAAACCGAGAAUGGAGCAAGCAAUGAUGGUGGGGAUGUGGUAGCAGAAAAUGGUACCAGUGCAGCCGGAAAUAAUAACAAUGGCUAUUCAUAG